AUGGAAGACUGCAUUAGGAACAGGCAAGGUCUGUAUCUCCUCCUCUUAUUCUCUGUUUCUAGAGUGAUGUGUAUCUCAAUACGCUAUUCUGUGCCUGAAGAAAAGAAAAGUGGAUUUCUGGUGGCUAAUGUGCUAAAGGAUUUGAAACUGGGAACAGGGGAGCUCUCUGCUCGCAGAGCCCAGCUAGUGUCCAAAAGCACACAGCAAUAUUUCCACCUUGAUACCCACUCUGGGAAUUUGCUGAUAAAUGAAAAAGUAGACCGGGAAGCUUUGUGUGGUGAGACUGAUCCUUGCUUGCUGCUCUCUGAAAUCGUGCUCCAAAACCCCUUAAAGAUCUACAGUAUAGAAAUAGAGAUAGAAGAUGUGAAUGACAAUACACCCAAAUUCUCAAAAAAGGAAUUCAAGCUAUAUAUUCCAGAGAAUGUCCCAAUUAACACCCAGUUCCCUUUGGAAUCUGCACAAGAUACAGAUUUGGGUAAAAAUAACGUUCAAAACUACACUCUCAGUUCUAAUGAGCAUUUCUGGCUCCAAGUAAAAAGUGAUGGAACUGGAAACAAAUAUUUGGACCUUAUUUUGGUGAAACCUCUAGAUAGGGAAGAAGCAGCAGAGUUUGGACUGACUCUCACAGCUGUGGAUGGAGGGGAGCCACAGAGAACAGGCACAGUUCAGAUAAAUAUCAAGGUUUUGGACAUCAAUGAUAAUUUUCCCCAGUUUACUCAUUCUGAAUAUAACGUAAGGUUAAAGGAAAACAGCCCUAGGGACACCCUGGUCUCCAAAGUAGAAGCCAGAGAUUCAGAUUUUGGUUCAAAUGCACGAAUAACAUACUCAUUUGAUCGGGUACCUGAAAAAAUACACCGUUUAUUCCACUUAAAUGAUCUCACUGGGGAAAUAACUGUUUUGGGAGAAAUUGAUUAUGAAAAAGAAACCACCUACAGCAUGAGCAUCAGAGCAACAGAUGGAGGGGAUCUUUCAGGUCACUGCAAGGUCCUGGUAGAGAUUGAAGAUGUGAAUGACAAUGUUCCUGAAGUGUCCAUCAUAUCCAUCACUAGUCCCUUGGCAGAAGAUUCUCCCCUGGAGACACUUGUGGCUCUCUUCACUGUCACAGACCGAGACUCCGGAGACAAUGGCAGAACGGUGUGCUCUGUGGAGGUAAACCUUCCCUUUGUCUUAAAACCCACGAUGGAUAACUAUUACCAACUUCUGGUCCAAAGCUCCCUGGACAGAGAGAAAGUCUCAGAGUAUAAUAUUACCAUUACAGCCGUGGACCAGGGCUCCCCCAGGCUCACUUCCACAAGAAUGAUUAACGUUCAGAUCUCAGAUGUCAAUGACAACCCUCCAGUAUUUGAAAAGUCUUCAUGGGAAAUGCAGAUACGGGAAAACAAUAUUCCAGGAUUGCUCAUUGGCUCAGUCCAUGCUGCUGAUCUGGACACUGAGAAGAAUGCCAAGAUCACCUACUCUCUUUUGCCUGGGAAGGUCACUGAUGGCCUUGUGGCCUCUUACAUCUCAGUCAACUCUGAAAGCGGAAAUCUGUAUGCCCUCCGAUCUCUGGAUUAUGAGCAGAUCAAAGAUUUCAAAGUGACAGUGAGGGCUACAGAUGGAGGGUCUCCUCCCCUCAGCUCAGAAGUUAGUGUCCGAGUCAUCAUCAUAGAUGAAAACGACAACGCUCCCUUCUUCCUCUACCCUCUUCAGAACAGCACAUCCCCCUGCAAUGAGCUGGUCCCCAAGUCGGUGGAGUCUGGCUACCUGGUCACCAAGGUGGUGGCUGUGGAUGGAGAUUCUGGCCAGAACUCGUGGCUUUCCUAUGAGCUGCUGAAGGCCACAGACCCUGGUCUUUUCAGCAUAGGAGCCCAGAAUGGGGAAGUGAGAACCAGGAGAGCCCUGAGCGAGCGAGACACCAGCAAGCAGAGACUCAUGAUAGUGGUGAGGGACAACGGGCUCCCUCCCCAGAGCAGCACUGCAAUGCUCCAUGUCCUUCCCGUGGGUGGCUUUUCGGAUCCUUAUAUGAAAGCUGUGGAGAUUAGUAAAGACCAACAUGAAGAAGAUGGGAGCUUGACCUUGUAUUUGGUGAUCUGCCUGGCUGCAGUCUCCUUUGUGUUCCUUGUUUGCAUUGUUUCCUUUGCUGCCAUCAAGAUCUGCAGGAGGGAUCCCAGGGAAAGUUUUAUCGCUGCCCCUCCUCACUUCCCACCUGCCAGACCAGACAUCCCAGAGAACUGUGGGGAUUCUCAGAGCGGGUCGCUUUCCAGGAGUUACCACUAUGAUGUUUGCUUAACCGGUGGGUCCUUAAGCAGCGAGUUCAGGUUCCUCAGGCCCCUCAUUCCUGUUUUUUCUGUGGGGGACCCAAACCUCAAUGUGAACCAGACCCCUCCUUCUGCUUCCCAAGAUAUUCCUGACCAGGUGGGGAAAGAAGAUUCAGGGAAACAGGUGAGCAAUUAGUAAUUAUAGUCGGAGAAAGCUUA